ACUCCCAAGAGCCCUGAGCCUGUGGCCUUUACUCUGCAGACCAAAACCACAACCAUGUCACUGCGAGACUGCCAGGCGUGGAAGGAUGCUGGUCUCCCGCUCUCAACCACAAGCAAUGAAGCCUGCAAGCUGUUUGAUGCCACCCUGACCCAGUUUAUCAAGUGGACCAAUGACAAGACUCUUGGUGGCAUUGAGGGCUGCCUGUCAAAGCUCAAGGCAGCAGAUCCAACCUUUGCCAUGGGUCAUGCCAUCUCUAACGGCCUUGUGCUCAUUGGCACGGGAAGUUCCGUGAAGCUGGACAAGGAGCUGGACCGGGCUGUGAAGACGAUGGUGGAGAUCUCCAAAACCCAGACUCUGACGUCUCGGGAGCAGCUGCAUGUGUCUGCAGUGGAGACGUUUGCCAAGGGGAACUUCUCCAAAGCUUGUGAUCUCUGGGAACAGAUUCUCCUGGAUUACCCAACAGACAUAUUGGCCCUGAGGUUUGCCCAUGAUGCCUACUUUUUCCUGGGCCAGCAGGAGCAGAUGCGGGAUUCUGUGGCCCGAGUUUACCCCUUUUGGAAACCUAAUGUCCCUCUUAACAGCUACGUGAAAGGCAUCUAUGCUUUCGGACUGAUGGAAACCAACUUCUAUGACCAGGCACUAAAGCUUGCCAAAGAGGCUUUGUCUGUUGAGCCAACAGAUGCAUGGUCAGUGCACACUGUUGCCCACGUACAUGAGAUGAGAGCCGAGAUCAAGGACGGCAUGGAGUUCAUGAAGAACACCGAAGGCCACUGGAAGGACUCGGAUAUGCUCGCUUCCCAUAAUUAUUGGCACUGGGCCCUGUACUUUAUUGAGAAGGUAGGAUGCUUGUCUCUGUGGUUGUCUCACUCAAUCCUCCCUAGGCUGCAGGCCAAAGAUACCAUGUUGAAUGUGGUGAACUGCUGUUCCAUGCUCUAUCGUCUUCAGAUGGAAGGGGUGCCCGUUGGCCAGCGCUGGCAGGCUGUCCUACCUGUGAUUAAGAAGCACAACCGAGACCACAACCUUCUGUUCAAUGACGCUCACUUCCUGAUGGCCUCCCUGGGUGCACAGGACCUCCAGACCACACAGGAGCUGCUGACCACCCUGCAGGAGGCCAGCAAGUCCCCUGGGGAGAACUGCCAGCACCAUUUGGCACAAGAUGUGGGUCUGCCCCUGUGCCAGGCCUUUGUGGAGGCUGAGAACGGGAAUCCUGACCGAGCCCUAGAACUUCUCUUGCCAAUCCGCUACCGAAUUGUCCAGAUUGGGGGCAGCAAUGCUCAGAGAGAUGUCUUCAACCAGCUGCUGAUUCAUGCGGCCAUCAACUGCACCUCCAGCGCCCAUAAGAAUGUGGCCCGGUGAGCACUCUGCCCUCCCCACAGCCAGGCUGUUCCCCCAUGAUAUCCCUAUGCAUG